UCCAAUAAAAAACCUAAAUUUCAAUUUUGAAACUAAUUCCAUUCACACUUUACUCUCCAAUUUCAAAGGGAAAAGCUUUCCCACAGCAACAAUGGCGGAUUCUUCCCGAAACGUCGACGUGGAGGAGCUGAUCUCCUACAGCGACGACCUCCUGAAGGUGUUGCGAGACCCGCGUGACCUCAACGGCCUCUUCCACUGUCUCCAACACUCCCUCUCCCUUUCUUCCACAUGCGACUCCGACCUCAACGACGCUCGCUCCUUGCUCCAAGAUUAUCAGAAAAAAAUUGAUGCAUACAAGCGAAAGAUAGAAGAAGCUGGAUCUGAGACGGUUGCUGAUGCAGAACUGGAUCUUCUGCAGAGAGAAUUGGAGGAAGAACUUGAAAAGGAACGCUUGUUGAAAGAGGAGUUUAGAGCCAUUAGAGAUGAGUUUAAUGAUCUAGAACAGCAACGAAUGUCCAUCCAAGAGCAAAAGAAAGCUUUACAUAAAAUUGAGCAAGAUAAGCUGAGGACACAAAUGACACUUUCGAUGUAUGCUUCUGUCACAAAUAUUGUGCCAAACUUGGAUGAUCAAUCCAAAAUCUCAGGCUACAUUGUGGAAAAAGAUAAAAAUGCGGUUCAGAAGUUUGAUUAUGACACCACAAAGAUGACUAUCCUUGAUGUAUGCAAUGACAUCUGGAAAACAAUAAGUGCCUGAUGCACGUGAAACACGCCUAUGUGAGGGGAAGAUCCCUACGUUAGCAAUGAGCUCAACUUGGUUUCCUUGCCUCACUUCAGUUCACACUGUGGUCUUUGGAGCUGCUGAUGGCAUUUUACCCUUUGUUCAACUAGGUGGAAGACUUGCAGAAAGACUCUGGUUUAUCAACCACAACAUAUUGACCAAAUCCCCUUCUUCUGGGAAGCAAUCUCUUUUUUUUAAGAAGGUAUUCCCACAACCGACACUUAUAAGACUAAUCCCUUCGAGGUUUUGAAAUCACAUUAAAUAUGUAAACCUUUCCUGACAAAUUCUUUUCCAUACAUACUGCAUAAAAAUCGAAUCUUCAACUAA